GUCGGAAAUGUCGAUCAUGUCAGAAAUCGCGUGAUCUAGUUAUAUCUUUCAUGUUCUUUGCGCUAUUUUUACUCGUCGAAAAUAAAUCGUACGUAUCGGGAGUGUGAAAUGCGUGAUUGUAAGUGAUCACUUCUUACGCGUGUAAAUUGUUGAGUUGCGUUGCGAAUAUUGAUUUAGUGUUUCCAAGAAGAUUCUCGCUUUUUGGAAUCAUCCCAACAAAUAAUACAUCGCAUGAAUCACCGAAAGAUCUUUGCAUGUUAAGGUCGGUGAGAACGGCGAUCCCCGGUCGGCAACGUUUCCCGAGCAGCGAAAAAACCCUUGCCCCGCGCCCGCAACACCGAAAAUGAGUAAUUCCCAGGAUUAAUUACUGCCCGAAGUUUGAACAAUAUGAACAAUUAUUACCGCAUCAGAUAUGACAUUAAGUAGCAUCAAUAAUCAGAAAUUACAAUGAUUGGUACAACCUGUAAUUUGGAAGAUGCGUGUUGGCAGGCUCAGGAUAUGGUUAAUCAAAUGCCCAAAAGUUGGAAGAAUUCAUUGGCCUUAACGUUGGAUAAAUCUCAGAAAAAGGAACAGAGUCACUCCAGGCAUAGUAUCCAAUCAAAACUCACGAGACUCUAUUUUGAAGAACUUUACAAAGUUCCUCAUGCAACCCCAGAUUCAGUUUUGUACAAUCUUGAGAAUGAGUGUGAUCUUUUGGGGCGAUUAGUGCAAAGAGAAGGGUUACAUACAUUAAUUGUUAAUCUCUAUGCUGGUAAUAAAGGAUACUCAUUAGCUGUAAGAAAUAGUGAUAAGGGGAAUCAAUACGACAAAAAUUCAUUGCUAGCUGAGACUCAACUCAUGGGUUACGAACAGGGUGAAUUACUUUCAUGUAUAGAUAAUGGCCAACUGCCAGCUAUGCUAGCUGAACAAUUAGAAUACAAUUAUUCACAUUUAUUUUAUGACGGCUGCAUAAUUGCUGAAGUUCGCGAUUAUCGAAAGGCAUUUCCUCACAAUAAAGCCGAAAUUCAUCAUGUACUUCUUAAACCUACAACACAGAGUGUACUCUCAGAUGUGUCGACACUUACAAGCAGUGGAGAUUGGAGCCAUGAGGAACGGUUAAUGUUGGAAUCCCAUUUGGUGGCAGCUACCCAGGGUCCUUUAUGCCUAGAUCCGAAUCCUGUUCCAACUUUAGCUAGUACAAGAAUUAAACAGUCUAAAUCAUUGCUUACCGAUCACCAGCUCAUGCGACAAGCCAAAAAGUUCUCUCAGGUCACAGUAAAUCGAAAAAGAAAAUUGGAACAAUUGGCACCCCCGGAUGGACAACCGAUACACGAAUUAAUGCAGAAAUUGCGUGCGAAAAGAAGGGGAUUAGCGACAAGCACUGCCUGCCCACCGCCUUCUUUUACAAACCCCCCUCUGCUUCCACCGUCUUCACCAAUCGAAGUCUUAAGAUACGCGAAAGCAUACGAGCGGCCACGAGAAACAAAAGACUGUUCGCCACAAGUUAUAGAAGAGUAUAUAUUAGAGCCUGCGGAGAGUCAGGAUUACAUAAAGCUCUCGAUCCUGCAGAGACCCGCUACUUCCGAGUACCUGGGAGAGCUUUUUAUAGACAAAAAUCCUCGGGAUGGAGAGAAAAACGGAUCUUCUUGCCGGUUUACAUUAGGCACCAGAUCCGUAGCCAAUUAUUAUUAUCAGCAGUUUAAAGAUAUACUCACGGAGAACGGCAGGAAGAAUGUGCGAAUAAAACAUAUUGUGCCAGGCCAAGCUCCACGCGUGGCAUGUCCAUCUGGCAUGCAGCGAGCACAUCAACAGGCGCAACAAGCAAAAGCGGCGCAAUUUUCAGUUCAACAGCUGCAGCAAGCUCAAUCGCAACACGUGACACAACAGCAAGUUCGCGCGUCAUUUCAGAUUCUGUCACGGGCUCAAGGGCAAUUGAACACAUUGGCUGGUCAAGUAACCACCGCCUCCACACAAAAUAAUCUGACGUGCGUUGAUCCGGCGAAUAUGCCGCAGGUUAUUCCGCAGAACGACGCUACCGCAUUGAGCGUAGGACAAUCUCUGGCCAAUGGCGGCCCCAACGCGUCGACUUCCGUGCAAAUUGAUAAUUCCGCGAUGACAAUAACGGACAACACCUAUAACGGUUCUGGUAUCUUGGUCUUUCAACAGAAGUCGGCUGGCACCAUUAAUAAUGCGGCAUCUACCAAUGUUCCAGUUUUACAAGCUCAGUUGCAAGCGGGAACGCAGAAUUGUAUAGGUGAGACGGCUAAUCAGAAUCAAAAUGAGCCGCCGUUCAAGAAACACUCGACUAACCCGGCGAUAAAUGCUCUUGUCACUUCCCUCAUGAAUUCCGCGCAGCAGUUCACACAACAACAAGCCGCAGCCAACGCUGCCGCCGCAGCUAUGAACAACAAUGUGCAAGCUACAAAUAAGUCUAACAACGCCGCUAUCCUCAAUUUGUUAAAUAGCACUCCUGCGAAUUUAGCUCAGCAGAAAGUUCAACCUCGAAGGAUCUCUCUCAAUGCUUCCAUCCCACCCAGAGUUAUUAGUCAUGGCAAUGUGAUUAAUGUGCCCAGCACCACAGGCCAAGUACGAUUAAACUUGAACUCCGCUUUAACGGGACAGCUCGGUUGUAAGCAACAACCGAUGAAAGCGACUGCUGUAAGACUUGCGCGAGUUCAGGAUCCCACGUCUACACUUGGUUUAUCAAUGCCAGGGCUGUCGGCAUUGCUUGCUGGUAAAGUGAACGAUAUCUGUAGGUUAAAAAUAUGCGAGAACAGCAAGGAAAUAUGUUGCACGCCGUCGGCGGAUAAUCCGAUACCUGGAAUGAACUCGACUUCGUCGCUGCUCGAACGGCUCACCGCUUCUUCCAGUCAGAGCAGCCAGCCAGCUAGUCCGAUGACUAGCCCCUCGCCGACUAAUGUGAAUCUACAAGGCGUAAAUCUCACUAGUCUGCCGAAUUCAAUCAACGGUCUGCAAAAUGUUCAGGUCUCGUUCCCGGGCUUAUCGCAGCCCAUCACAAUGUCGUUGAACGUGUCGCCGACCACCGGUGCCACUGUCACUCCCACUGGGGUCAUUGUCUCUCUCCCUAUAUCGUCCGCCACAAAUACCUGCACAACAGUCUCGAGUAUGGUUCCAGCGACUGUUGUUACGACGACUAUAGCCGGCAGUACGCCAACCGUGGUGAUUGCCAAUCCUGCUAAUGCUCAUCUGUCUUUACCAAUCGCCCAAAUAAUACCAUCUGGGGUAAAAGGACUAUCGCAACAAAAUAUAAGGAGUAAUAAUGCAGUAACUCUUGCACAGGGAGGACAAGCAAUCCAACUCAUUGGAUCUCAAAGGCCGCGACUUAAUCAUAUGACUCGUCAAGUACAAUCGAAUCAAGUUAAGUCAGCUGUUUUAUCGAACCAGCUGAUGACAGUUGCCAAAACAGUAACGGCGAAUCAGUUGAUAUUGUCCGGUAACAAACAAGUAUUAACUCCUAUAAUGGCUGCAACGAAACCUGUGCUUAUGGCGUCGCAGACGACGCCUUCUUCCCAAGUAGUACCUGUUAACAAACAAACUCUAUUGACGAAAUCCUUCCACACUAGGGCUUCUACCGGCCAAUGCAGCCAGCAGACGCAAAGUCUCGGGGUAGCUACUCUGUCGCCGCAACAACUUCAGCAGUUGCAACAAUGUUUAGCUACGCAGAAUAAAAUCACUGUCGCUACGGGAAAUUCUCAAACUAGGACUCAAAUUGAAGCUCAGAGAAGUUCCACGUCUGCUCCCGGGGAAGAUCCCGCCUGAACAUGUUCAAAUGAAUGAUAAUGUUAAAAUGAUCAUGUUACGUCGAAAUAAUUGGAGCCCGCCUAGAAGAAAUGUAAUGAGGCAUUUGUCUAUUUUAUGUUAAGACAAAAUCUAAAGUUUUUUUAUUUUUUGCAUAUGGAAAUGUAAAUGACGAAUCAUGUUUUUUGAAUAGUGUAAUGAUAACGAGAUUUUAUUUGCGAAUGAUUCACAUCUGUACGAUGGCAAAGAGAAUGUAAAAAAUAUUUUAUCAGGUCAGUAUCGUAAUAUUUCAUUAUGCCCAUGUGCAAUAAAAUGAUUCCUGUUCAACUGAAUUUUCGCCUUAAAAUGUCACUUUAAGGAAGGUUUCAAUUAUUGUACAUAUAACUUAUAUAUACGAUACGAUUUGUUUUAUAUUAAAAAAUGCAAUAAAUAUU